AUGACAGCCAAGCGGACCCUCAGCGGUUGCCGGCAAAACCUCCAAUUUGAAGAUGAGACUGGAGCGUCGGUGACUUCCAUCACAGAGUUCACAGGGGCAUUUAGUUUGCUGACAUCCGGUUGGUCUUUUCGCUGUGGGAGAAGCGGUGGUAUCUGUGUUAGUGGCAGACGCACCCAACCCCCUCUUCCCCCAACAGACAAGCGUCCACCCCUCUCCCAUCCCUGCGAUAACUCCUCCAGGCCGCGCGGUGGCGCUGCGCCUCCGCAGAGCCCAGGGUCUCUCUCGGGCGUGCUGGCCCCCCGGGACCCUAAGAGCGACUGCGACGCACAGGCGGCCGCGGCUCUCUCACCGGUCACCCUGGCCCUUCUCUGCUUGGACGGUGUCUUCCUCUCCUCAGCCGAGAAUGACUUUGUCCACCGGAUCCAGAAGGAGUUGGACCGCUUCCUGCUGCAGAAGCAGCUGUCGAAGGUUCUUCUUUUCCCUCCACUCUCCAGUCGUCUCCGGUACCUGAUCCACAGAACAGCAGAGAAUUUUGAUCUCCUGAGCAGCUUCUCUGUUGGGGAGGGCUGGAAGAGGAGGACAGUCGUUUGUCACCUGGACAUCAGGGUAUCCAGUGCAGAUGGCCUCUCUGGCCCCUGCCGCCCUCCUGCCACUCACUCCAUCAAGUUCCGUGGUUCUCGACCCACCUCAAACCAAGGAACAGCUGCUGGUGUCCGAGGGGCACGGGCUGGCCGGUGGCAUGGGCGCAGGCCAGACCAGCCUUUGUAUGUGCCCCGGGUGCUGCGCAGGCAAGAAGAAUGGGCACUCACUGCCACCUCAGGGCUCAAGGGAGAGUCCCCAGCUGUUGGGGUCCCCGAAGCGCCUAAAGAUGUUGGUGCUGGGGACCCAAACUCUAAUCUGGGCAUCCAUGUGUUGGUGACUGAGGGACCAGAGGACCCAACGGACCUGGGCGAAAGUGGUGAGAAGGAGCCACAGCUGGACCUAGUUGGCCCUCAGCCCCCAGGACCCGGGAGUCCCUCAGGGAAGGGAGACAGGGUGGAGACGACCACGCAGCUUGGGUCCAGUCUGCAGCAGGGCCUGGAGGAGAAGGAGAGUCAGCUGGAGAAGACUGUGGCAGCAGAGGAGGGAGAGGGAGAGGAAAAGGUGGAAGAGGAGGGGCCCAGCAGCCGCUCUGAGGACGACCACAGUGAGCUGCUGCAGGAGAUCACAGACAACCUGACUGAGAAGGAGAUUCAGAUAGAGAAGAUCCUUCUGGACAUGUCUUCCUUCAUGGAGGAGCUGCCUGCAGAGAAGGACUUCGCGCAUGUGGUGGAGAUCUACGACUUUGAACCUGAGCUCAAGACCGAGGACCUGCUGGCAACGUUUUCUGAGUUCCAAGAGAAGGGGUUCAAGAUUCAGUGGGUGGAUGACACUCACGCUCUCGGCAUCUUUCCCUGCCUGGCCUCAGCCGCUGAAGCCCUUGCCAAGGAGUUUUCAGCACUCAAGAUCCGGCCCCUCACGCAGGGAAGCAAGCAGUCCAAACUCAAAGCCUUACAGAGGCCAAAGCUCCUGCGUCUGGCAAAGGAGCGGCCACAGACAAAUGCUGUCGUGGCACGGAGGCUGGUGGCCCGGGCCCUGGGGCUCCAACACAAAAAGAAAGAGCGGCCAGCCGUCCAGACUGUCUUGCCGUCCUGAGGCCCCAGAGGCCCACCUGGGCUGGAUCCCACCGGGGCUGAGCUGGGCCCCAACACCGCAAGCCUUUACAGACACCAAAGCAGCCCAAUGUCACUGUUGGGAGUUUCACUGUGGGGCAUGGUGGGCUUUAGUUUGGUCUGGUUCCAGAAAUUGAGAAAAAAUAAAAACGUAUGUUGCUCUAAUGCAAUUGCUUUGAAAUGUAAGUGUGUGGUGUGACACUAGGGGGCACUGGCCAACCUCCCACUGCAGCCUCCUGGCUGCUGAAGGAAGAGAUCGCUCAGAAAUAUGGCCCAGAGGACCCCAGCUGGCCUCCAGAGCCACUGUGCACCUGGCUUAUCAGCCCGUUUUGCAGGGUGGGUUGCACCUGCUCUGUGAUGCCUGCCUAGAAUCUUCUACAGUGCAGCUGUCUCAGCCUGCCAGCGUGUGCUACAGGGCAGCUCUGGGACAUUGGGAUGGUCCCAGUGUUACCUGUUGGUGUGGGCUACAAAAGAUUCUUGCAAAAAUAAACACAAAGCCAAGAGUUGAGGUGAGUGUGUGCUAAGUUGGCUUCCCUGCUGGGAACAGGUGUGAGGCAUCUUUGUGGGGGUGGUGCUGUUUUUCUGGUUUGGGUGGAGUUGGUGCCAAGGUGCCCCUGCCUGGAGCUUCAGGGUCAUCAGGGAUGCUUCAACUUGCUGGGCUUGAGGCACAAAUGGGCGCCCCGUCCACCCCCACUACCCCAGGAAGAGCUUGAAGCCCCUACUAAUGCACCCCCUUCCCUGGGCAUGUGCCUUGUGAGUAUUUUGGUCUUGGUGUCCCAUCUGCUCAUAA